AUGGUUUGGAAAUUACGCGAGAAGAAUGAUAUGGACCCCCCAGAGUAUGAUAGUGAAGGUGAAACCUCUGAUGUAGAGAAUGAUGAUCAAUUUUUUGAUGACAAUAUUGAUUUUGAUUGCUCAAUCUGCAAGCAACCAAAUCACAAUUCAAGGGGCUGCCAUAAAAACCCACAAAGUAGACCCACCAACCAAGGUCUGGAUGUGCCAGCAGCUACUACCAAUGGAAAGGAAAAAGAAUCUCAGACAAAUAAACAAUCUCAGACUGAGCCAGUGAUUAGUGGAAAAGGAAAGAGAAACAAAAGAGGUUUUGAAGUUACAUCAACAGGUUUUGAAGGUGCACCUAAUGGAAAAAGGAAGAAGAAUAAGGAAAAAGGUAGUGGUGUAAAUGUACCUGUGGUUGUCACUAAUGCUACAUCAAGUGCACCUAAUGGAGAAGGAAAGAGUGCAUCAACUAAAUCAAAACUGAACAUUUUCACUCAAGAGAAAAGAAUGACAAGAAGUAGCACUUGUGGAAAACCAAUGGCCUUUACUCAGCCAAUAGGUCAAAACCCAAGAAGCAGCAGAAAUAAUGUGAGAUUCUCCACAACCAAGCCACCUGUGACCUCAAGCCAGACUAGUGCAAAUCAAGUACCACCUAAAGAACCUCCACCAAAAAGAGUGACCAGAAGUAGUACCUUCUCUCCCAAAAAGAGCCAACAGAAGUAG